UUGGUAGUGAGGACCCAGAUUGUUGGGGGCAAUGUGCUAGCUCUGUAAACUGCUCAGAGAGGGCUGUAAAGCACUAUGAAGCGGUAUAUAAGUCUAAGGGCUAUUGCUAUUCUGUUAAUGUGACCUUACAGUAAAGAUAAUUGUGUUGGUUGUGCUUCUUGUCUGGACUACCUGGAAGGGCUAACAGAUGCUCAGUUUCUGAACAAUUCAACUAUUAUAUUAUAUCUCUGGCACAUGUUUUAAUCGCUAUGUUUGUUGUACUUAGCUGGUUGUUAGUCACCCAGAGUUACAUGGCAAGGAAGUGGGUAUAUAAAUUGAAUUAACACAUAUAAAAUACAUUUUUGGCUUGUUUCUUGUAACACUCCCAGCUCUGAAGUUAGCAAUCCGGACAGGGACAUGGCUGUAUUGGGAGAGAAUGCCCUUUCCUUUCCUUUUCCUUUCCUUUCCUUCCCUUUUCAUUUCUCCUUUCCUUUCCUUAAAAAUCCUUUGCUUCCUCUGAAAAAGAACCAGUUAAGAGGCAAAAAAAAGAGCCUUAAUUGUUUUAAAGAACAUGAAGAGCCAUGUGGAAAGUCAAAAAAGAUCAGAGAGGAUUAGGCCCUCAAACAGCCACAUUGUAUAUUUUUAGCAUGAUCCCAAUUACUCUGCAACGUGGAAGUCUCACAUCAGAGACUCAGAUUCGAGAGAAUAUGAGCUGAUUUGGGUCUAUUUCCUAUACUCAUGGAAUACAAAAAGGAAGCAGCAAAGCUAGUCCAGCCUCUGCAUUUUAAUAUUUCCUGACAUAGGUGCAGCUGGCAUGAUCUGGAGUUACUUUUAAGGCGGCGUUGGUGCAUAAAUGGCACUGAACAUUUUCCUGUGGUCUACAGACUAUUGCAGAAAUCAGCAACCUGCUAUCUUCCACUUAAUUUGAACUACAAGCACCAGUAUAUGAGUGAUCUUGGAAGAUGUCGAACCUUGGCAACAGUGACACCAAACCCCCCUGUCUGCCCCGGAAUGGACUUGUUAAACUCCCCACCCAGGCCAAUGGACUCGGCUCCGCGAGCAUCACCAAAGGGACCCCAGCGAUGAAAAACCGCUUGUGCCAGUCUUCCGUGCCUGCAAUCAUCAGCCCGGCCUUAAUGAAUCACAGUGAUCUGUCCAUGCCUGGUCUAACUUCACCGCUGUCUUUGGCGGCUCUGGCAGGAGGGCCUUCAGGAGCCACCGUGGUAGGACUUCCCUCCGAUGAGAUUUCUCCAGCCAAUGGGGACAUCCCAUCCCUGGAAGACCUCUCUGGCUCCCCCACCAAAAGACAUCUGGCUGUGGAUGAAAAGAUCCUGAACCGUUUGUUUAUGUACUUUUCAGCCUGUGAGAAAUGUGUCCUGGCCCAGGUGUGCAAAGCGUGGAGGAGGGUCUUGUAUCAACCCAAGUUUUGGGUGGGUCUCACGCCGGUGCUGGACACCAAAGAGCUCUACAAUGUCCUGCCCAAUGGAGAUAAGGAAUUUGUCAACCUUCAAGGUUUUGCAAUCCGGGGGUUUGAUGGUUUCUGCCUCGUGGGGGUUUCCGACUUGGACAUCUGUGAGUUCAUUGAUAAUUAUGCCCUCUCCAAGAAAGGAGUGAAAUCUAUGAGCCUUAAGAGAUCGACCAUCACAGAUGCAGGUCUUGAGGUAAUGCUGGAACAGAUGCAGGGGCUUAUGCACUUGGAGUUAUCUGGAUGCAAUGAUUUCACCGAGGCUGGUCUCUGGUCGAGCCUGAAUGCCCGCAUCUGCUCCCUGAGUGUCAGCGAUUGCAUCAACGUGGCCGAUGAUGCCAUUGCGGCCAUCUCGCAGUUGCUGCCCAACUUGACUGAGCUCAAUCUUCAAGCCUACCACGUGACGGAUACGGCCCUGGCUUACUUCACUGCCAAGCAAGGUUACACCACUCACACUCUCCGCCUGAACUCCUGCUGGGAAAUCACGAACCACGGCGUGGUGAACAUGGUGCACAGCCUCCCCAACCUGAGCGUGCUCAGCCUUUCCGGGUGCUCGAAGGUGACGGACGAUGGGGUGGAGUUGGUGGCAGAGAACCUCCGCAAGCUUCGGAGCUUGGACCUGUCAUGGUGCCCUCGGAUCACAGACAUGGCUCUUGAGUACAUCGCUUGUGACCUCCACAAGUUGGAAGAGCUGGUGCUUGAUAGGUGUGUACGGAUAACAGACACUGGGCUCAGUUACUUGUCCACCAUGUCCUCCCUUAGGAACUUAUAUCUCCGCUGGUGCUGCCAGGUUCAAGAUUUUGGUCUGAAACAUCUGUUGGGAAUGAGAAGCUUACGCCUCUUGUCACUUGCCGGCUGCCCUCUGUUGACAACCACGGGACUUUCAGGCCUAGCCCAGCUUCACGACCUGGAAGAACUGGAGCUGACAAAUUGCCCGGGCGCGACUCCAGAGCUCUUUAAAUACUUUUCCCAACACCUGCCUAGCUGCAUGGUGAUCGAGUAAGCCACUCGCUUGGAAGAUCUGGCCAAAUCCUGGAGCCGUGUUCUCCAAUCCUAACUCAGCACUGACCAACCCUCCAGAGUCAAGGUUUUCUUUAUUUCUUCAUCAUUGAUAUAUAACUGUAUAUGGAGAUAUAUAGAUAUAUAUGGAUGAUUGCUUUCCGGAAGAGGCUGUUGUGACUUGAAAUCACACGCUCACACAUUGUACACUCAAGGGGAAAAACAGUGCGAUGAACGCACACGAACAAUUGAGAAAAGAGUUGGUCAUUGGGUGGAUCGGCCGUGGCUCUAACCAAGUGGAAGAACUGACCCCCGAGUUUGUAAAUCCUGACAUCCCCAUCAUCUCUCAUCUUCCUCGUAGCGAGCUGUUUAAAAAUCUUACCUUUUGAGGGGGUUAAAAAAAACAAACCAAGAAUAAGGAAAACACACCCACGUGGAUCGAAACCCCAACAGCAAAACCAAAUGAAAGGGAUGUAGGAAAACCAGCGAGAGAACCCCAGUGGCCGAUCAGCCUUGUUGGCAAACAAGCCAACAUCACUUCAGUGCUGAAUGAAAACGAUUUGUGCCCGUCCGGGCAUUUCACGCUAUGGGCAGAGAGAGGUUCGCCUAUUAGCCUACCCAGUCUGGGUGGCAUGAGGAUCAAGGGAUCAGCCCUUGGGAAGGCCUUCAAGGUAUGGAUGUUGGUCGGUUGAACCUGCCCGCGAAAGGCAGGCAUUGUUUACAUGGGAGGUGGGAAGCUGGACAAGUCGAGAACCCGCCGGAGAUUCCUUGGACCAGAGGAAGCAUCAACAGUUGUGAAAUGGGUCGGCUUCUGAAUUCCAAGCAUGGGACGCUGUGGAAGUGUAAGGUCACUUGUAAAAGGAAAAGUUGGGGGGAGGGGAGAGAGGAAGAAGAAGACGGAAACUGACCGAUGCUGUGAGAGAAAGGGUCCCGGAAAUUCUUGAAGCUCUGGAUUUGGGGAAGCUCCUGAUUCUUGGACGUUCCAGAAAGUGGAGCAAAGCUAGAGAGGAAGGAGAUUGAUUGGAGAAACUCACCUAAGCUGACUCAAAGCUCACGCAACGCACGAUCCUUGGUGGAUCCCAUCUGCCUCCUUUUCUUUCGUUUCUUCUCUCUCUCUCUCUCUCUCUCUCUCUCUCUCUCUCUCUCUCUCUCUCUCUCUCUCUUUUCAUUUGGUUUCGACUCUCUUGAUUUUUGUGAAUGAGUAAGGAGGGGGUUCCUCCCCCUCUCUCGCCCUCUCUUUGGAGCAAAAACCACAGCCUUUGCAUGCUCGCUUGCUUUGCGUCUUGUGAUAAGGUAGAGUCUUGAUUCUGCUUUUGGGCUGUGGGUGGCAGUUUUUUGAUCCUGGCUUGGCUCGUCUGUUCUGGUGUUUAAAAAAAAAAAAAA